AUGAAUGUUUUGCUAAUCCCAGAUUCCCAACAGGGCUCGAUCAAUAAACAAAUCUCGCGGUACGAGACGACGGCAGUUUAUACCCAUCCCGACGCUAAGGUCGAUAUUGUUCUCGUCCACGGCCUGAACGGCGAUCCGCACAAGACUUGGACGGCCAAGAAUGACGUCUUCUGGCCUACCGACUUGCUACCGACUUCUCUGAGGGAUGCCCGCGCGAAUAUCCUCGUGUACGGUUAUAAUGCUGAUGUAUACUCGAAGAAGCAUGGGGCGAACCCAAGUGAUAACUUCAUUUACAUGCAUGCGCAAACCUUAGUAACGUCACUCACACACUAUCGAAAAGAUGAGCAAACAUCUCAUAAUCCCAUCAUCUGGGUGUGUCACAGUUUGGGCGGAAUCUUGGUGAAGCGUGCGCUCUUGUAUUCGAACGACCUAAGAUCUUCGCAGCAUGAAGAUUACAGAUCGAUAUAUGUAGCUACGUAUGGUCUCAUCUUCCUCGGUACACCGCAUACAGGUUCGGAUUUAGCGACAUGGGGUACGAUGUUACAGGCAAUGUCGGACGCUGUAGUCCCAAGAACCUUCUUCCAAUCGGAGUCGGUUCUUCUCAGAACCUUGAAGAGGGACAAUGAAACUCUACAAAAUAUCAAUAUUCAUUUUCUCGAUAUCUAUCAGCGAUUUAAGAUUCUUAUGGCACACGAGAAUCAUAAGUCAGAUCUAAAGGGAACCAGGAUGCUAAUAGUUGACGCUCAUUCCGCUAGUCCCCAACUUCCGGGCGUGACGUAUUUCUCUAUCGAGGCAACUCACUCCGGAAUGUGCAAAUUUGAUAGCAGAAAUGCACCGGGUUAUAGAACUAUAGCUACUGCCCUUAGAGAUUGGGUUGCUGAUGCACCGGACGUCAUCGCCACACGGUGGAGGGUGGAGGAGGACGAGAAGUUGGCAAGGGCUAAACAUGAAAUAGAAGAGAGAAUGAAGCCAUGGCUUGACUCACAGCGUUUUCAACAGGCUGGUCAAGGAUCAAAUGGCAUCCACUUCGACCUUGUAGGCCUUCAAGAUUAUAUCCCCUUCACAAGAAAUACCGGUAUCAUCUACACAUCAACAGAGCGAACAACGGGCGAAGAAUACCAAUUUGAUAAUCCUCAAGUCAUUGCGCUGGACGCACUGACGAAGCAAGAAGCCCAGGAGUUACUCUUCGAGGAGAUGGGCAAAAGGCAGCCAUAUACACAAGAUGACUUAAGACGUGCGGAGGAGCUGGUCGAACUAAUGGAUCGUUUACCUCUCAUGAUCCACGUCGCAGCACUACAGCUAAAGGCUACUAGAGAGCCGCUUGCGAAAUAUCUAAGAUCGUUCCGAAGUCGCCCGAAGGUCGGUAAUCUCCUUGCGUAUCGGGCGGUCCGUGAGCAGCUCGAGCACAGAGGCGCUACCGCUGCGCUAAACUUAAUGUCUCUACUAUCUUUCUUCGGCACGCAUAUUCCUGUCGAGAUGAUAGUAUUAGGUGCAAAGGCGCUAGACAAGAGAACGCCGGUUAAAACCGCAGAUCCUGAAACUCGGAGGUCUUCAUUAAAUAACACAUUCAAGAUACUAAUUGCAUUCGCUCUUGUUGAAAGGAAUGAGAACACCGAAGCCUCUUCAGCUAGCUCACAUAGUACCCGUAGUGUCGAUAUGGGCCAAGACAGUCUCGACAUACUAAGAGUUCACGGAAUUGUUCAGGCGUUUUUCAUCGAUGCGCUUGCAGAAGAGAAACAAGCGCCGUUUUGGUUGGAACGAGCAAUAUGUAUCUUCUGUAAAGCAUUCGAUGCGAGCGACCGUCGGGCCACUGACGACCCCCAGACAGGUGUGCCUGAAGACUUCCGAAGGCUUCGGAUCCACGGCGAACGAUUACUAGCUCACAUCAGCCGGUUUGAGAAAAGGCAUCCCGAUCUCACGCAGUGCCGAGAAUUUGUCGAAUCGCGUUUAAGCACCAUCGAUACGCGAAUAGAUGAGCUUACUAAACGGAUCACAGACGCUUCUAGUCAGGGUUCCGAACCUAUAGUCGUUUCCGUAUUUGAGCGGACUAACAGCUUAUCUGAGGAAGACUCGUUAACGCCUCCAAGCAACAAUAGUAUAGUCGAGCCUUACAUCUUAUAUGAUGAGAACUCGCCGUUGUCACCAUUAGAAUCUCCAGCGAUCUACAGCGCCACCGACUACAACCCUUAUCAUUGGCAUGUCACUUACCCACACGGAGUACCAUACGACGAUGUAGACCAUUCAAGGACAGUAACGCCACAGCCAGCGCCAACAGAAGUUUUUGAGUCGAUGUCUAUGCCGGACGAUGAUGAAGUCACACGUAAGGUCUUUGGUCCCCAUCAUCGAACUAUCAAAAGGCACGCUGAGCGGCGAUAUCGUGACCACGCUGGCUCUUGGAGAGCCGCUUCUCAGAUACUAAGUGAUCCACGUGUCAGCAUCAGUCGCGAGACAGCGAAAGGCAUCAUAAACGCAACAGCAAUUCAACCGACUUCUAGACCACGCUCCUCUACAGAUAGCAUUUCGUCGGAUGCCACCAAAGCUCAAUUAACUCUCGAUCGCAUUAAUAGGGGAUCGCCUUCAUCGCAACAGAGAAGCGCCGAAGACAACAUUGAAUCAGUUAGUGAUAUAUUUUCGGUUGCGCGUCCAAGGCUGAUAGCUGGAAAGCCAUCGUACGCCGACGCCAAAGCUGAGGCCGCAGUCGAUGACGAUUAUCCCGUGUCCGUAACGUUCUCAAGUCCAGCUCCGUCGCCAAACAAUGCCGCCACCUCAAUCUUGAAACGAAGAGAGAAUGAUCGUUCUGUAUCGCUCGACGGACUUGCUCCGGUCAAAAUCUCUAGCGACUCGCGUGCCGAAACCAUCUUCGCGACCGCCCUCAAGACCUCCCUCGACGUCACCUUCACAUUCUCCCUCACUGCGAGCUUCAAGGCCACCCUCGGCGGUUUUAUCAAGGUCUACACGAUCCAGUCCAUCCCAUCCUACAGGCCCCUUUGCCCCGCCACCAAUUCCAAUCGAAGUCAACUCCAGCAGCAGCCUACGCUCGCCACCUGCUCCUAA